CCUGUCUGCGGUUACGUCUCCCUGACUGAGCACCAUUAACGCGGAGAAGUUGGAUUUGUUUGUUGUUCAUUCAUCCUCUGCGUUUUUUCCGCUUCACUUCACUCGGUUUAUUUUGCAGCUCUUCUCUUUGGUGUUUGGUGGAGUCUACCUCUGCUGGGUUUCGGCUCCACAUUUGCUGUUGUUGUUGUGGACCGUCAGAGAUCAGGGAUCCAGCAGCAGCAGCAGCGGCGACAACAGCGGCAACAGCCGACGUUAAGACCUCGGGGCUUUAAGGAUCAGGUUUUUUAUUUAUAAACGCUUACAUAAUCAGGUAAAACACUGGUGUUUUACGCUGCUUCUGCAGGCUGCGCGCUGCUGUUAAGUGAAGUUUAUCUUGAAAUAUUAUUCUGCUGUAGCAAGACAUUUCUCCGCCCGAGUUCAUGCCAGAUCUGCAGCGCUUUAGUUUUAAAUACCAUAGCAUGAAUCCUUUGUUGGGGGCCAACACGCAUCUCCAGCAGCACCCCCAGCAGAGCCAGGCCCCCGGACACCCGGACUCCCCCUCCGCCCUUCUCCCCGAAGCCGCGUUCGGCGCACCGGACCCGGCCUCUCUUCUCCUGGGUGAUCAGGCCGCCCCGGGGCCCGAUCAGCCGGGACAUCCGCAGACCUCCCCUUACCUCCACCACACCCACAGCGGCCCCUACCAGCACCGCGCAGCCCCGCCGUCGCAGCAGCAGCAGCACCCCCCUGCAGCCAUGGCCCUUAGGAACGACCUGGGCUCCAACAUCAGCGUACUCAAGACCCUCAACCUGCGGUUCCGAUGCUUUCUGGCCAAAGUGCACGAACUGGAGCGGAGGAAUAAGAUACUGGAGAAGCAGCUGCAGCAGGCGCUGGAUGUCAACAAGGGCUGUCAGAGUGGAUGCUGUGAGAACAAGCUGCACACCCAGGAGGCCGGGGUGCAGACUGGGUUUGUAGGGACCAUCCCGCUCAGGCCGGGCUCUCUUCCCUUCCACAACACCAACAACUCAGCAAGGAGGCCCACAAGCCUGUUCCCACCUUCUUUUGCAACAACCUACCCACCAGCAGGCUCUGAAAACUCCAGCUCAACCCAAACCAGUGGCACCUGUAACCCAGCCAUCACCAUCAGCCAGGCCUCACCGUGUGUGGACUCUCCAGGGUCAAAUAAAACAACCCAAAGCUGCUCCACCAACCCUCCUCCACGGUUCCUCCCGGGGACCAUCUGGUCUUACAACCACACUCGUAAGUUUGGUCCCGGGGCAGAGCGCCUGCCAAGCCCCGGGGUGUCCUGGAUGCACCCGGAUGGAGUCGGGGUCCAGAUUGACACCAUCACCCCUGAGAUUCGAGCGCUCUACAACGUCCUGGCCAAGGUGAAGCGCGAGAGAGACGAGUACAAACGAAGAUGGGAGGAAGAAUACACAAUGAGGAUGGACCUGCAGCAGAAGAUUGCAGAUCUUCAAGAGGACCUGCAGGAGAGUGAAGGUUGUCAGGACGAGCUGGCUCUCAGGGUGCAGCAGCUGAAGGCGGAGCUGGUUCUCUUCAAAGGCCUCAUGAGCAAUAAUUUGUCUGAGUUGGACACCAAAAUCCAGGAGAAAGCCAUGAAAGUGGACAUGGACAUCUGCAGACGAAUCGACAUCACAGCUCGACUGUGUGACGUCGCGCAGCAGAGGAACUGUGAAGACGUGAUCCAAAUGUACCAGGUUCCAAACAACCAAUCAUCUCUGAGUAUCCGGCGCAAGCCGACGCCCCUGUCCUUUAACGGGAGUGAAUGUGACGAAUCCGUCAGCACCUCUGAAGGCGAAGUGGGCGUGGCUAAAGAAGAGGAGCACUUUGGAUCUUCAGCCAAUCAGAUCAACGAGGAGAUGCAGAGGAUGCUGACUCAGCUACGUGAAUGUGAAUUUGAGGAUGACUGCGAUAGUCUGGCCUGGGAGGAGACUGAGGAGACUCUGCUUCUUUGGGAGGAUUUCCCAGGAUGCACUCUGCCUCCAGAUCCGACCCAUCCCCCAGGAGAGGAGGAGGACUGUCUGGAAAAGGUGAUUAAUGACACAGAGUGUCUGUUCAAGUCCCGCGAGAAGGAAUACCAAGAGACAAUUGACCAGAUUGAGCUGGAAUUGGCCACAGCCAAGAGCGACAUGAACCGACACCUGCAUGAGUACAUGGAGAUGUGCUCGAUGAAGAGAGGCCUGGAUGUUCAGAUGGAGACCUGCAGGAGGCUCAUCACUCAGAGUGGAGACAGUAAUCCUGUCGUACCGUCAGAGGAGAGCGACCAGAGAGACACCGACAGGUCUUCAUGCUCCCCGCCCUCUUCGUCGAGCAACGGGAGAUCUUGACACUUCGUCACUCGGCCGUUGAAAGAUGCUGCGUUCAUGUGACCUCUGCUACAAACUACGACAGUACCACACCGUAUACACGUGAAACUACGGCAACACCGUGUUUACAUCUGAGGAAAUUCAUUGAAGAUAUUCUAUAAUUAAUUGAUGAUGUGUUGCCCGUACAGAUCAGUCUGAGGGAAAACUGAAAUUCAGACUGAUUGAUUUCAGACUUUAAGAAAGUUAAGAUCCCGACGUGAUUGUUAGAAAAACAAGCUGCUGUUAAUUAUUGUGAUGCAGGGAGGUAACAAAAACUAUAAACUAACUUAUUUAAUCUUCAAAUCAUCAUACACUUCAUCAGUGAUGAUAUAUGAGCAAUAUUUAAAACUCUUAUCCUCAGUAAAGUCUGUAAUUUUCACUUUUUGUGUAUUUACAGUCUUUUUGCCCAUAAAUGUCCAGCUGGGGAUAAGGGAAAGAUUACAAGUUGUUUUUCACCAUCAGGUAGUUUCUAAUCAAUGUUUGUGUUUGAAAUCUAAUUAGAUCCCCUGAUGCACAACUUAUUUGCCUUCCAGACAUCCUGAUGAAUUAAAUCUCACAAGGUAAUUUUGUCAAAUCAAAGACAUAGAUAAACAUAUAAAAGUAUCAAAACAGAGUUUGAGUUUGUGCUGAACAUCAUACAAAACUACAUAAAGUACAUAUUCAGUACAUGUCUUGUUCAUCUGGACAGUUUAGUGUGCAGUCACUCUGAAAAAAGUCAUAUAUAUAUUUGGACAUAUUUGUCCACUCAUUAUUUAUAGGCUGUGAAUCAUGUCAUCUUCCGACCCACCGCUCGGGCUAAAAAUGGCUCCUUUCAGCAAGACAGCUGCAAAGAAUUAACUCGCAACAUCGCUCUUAGUUGCAUGUUAAUAAUUUUGGAGUCAGGCUUUAGGAGAGCAAAUCACACUGUGCUUUCAGAGAACUUUAAGCAAGCGUUAUUACUGAAUGGUUACAGCAGCAGAGCAGCGACAUGAUCACCGAACACAUCCCACAUUGUUUUAAAAGAAUCGUGGAUGCACUAACCACUGGAUGAUUAAAUUCUCCAGAGGAUUGCCUUUAAGAUCCAGUUUAUGAACUACAAAGUAUGUCAAAGUAAGCAAAACAAAGGAUUGCCUUGUUUCAUGAAAACACUGUGUGUCUACAGGAUCUGGCAGGAAUCUACUUUGAAACCAUCCAUUAGCUUGACAGUUUGGUAGGAAACAAUUUUUUCUUCUUCAAACUGAGAUAAUUGAAGCUUAUUAAUUAUAAACCAGAUAUUUAUUGCUCAAAACCCUGUCCCAAACAAUUCCAGCAGUCCCUUUACAUUCAGAGUUGUUUUGAUGUGGCAGAAAUCUGCUUUGUACCUGGCUGUGACAAUUUUUAUUUCUCCAAACUCGAGUAAUGUAAACUUAUUCUUUACAUAUAGGAGAUUAAGAAGAAAAAAACAUGAAUGCAAUAAAUGUUACAUAAUGAAGUCCUCUUAAGGACGCACACUUAAAAGGUUUGGUGAGCUGGAGAGUAAAUAAACAUGAAACAACUCCUCCUUGGACUUGGUUCUGCUCUGAUUCGCUGUUAGCUUGACUCACCUGCAGGCUACUGACUACUUACAGUGUCUCCUCAGAGCCCCACUCUAAAUAAUCCACCUCCAUUUUUAAACUUGGAGUUGUUUUAAGGCAACAAAAAUCUUAUUUGAUCCUUAACAAGGCAAUGAUUCACUGCUAGCUUUUCACAAAGGUGGACAAAUAUCCACCAUCCUUUUGUAUUAUUUACAGAAUCUGAUGGUCCAGAAAGCUGCAUGUAAGAUACUGACGGCUAAUUGCAUCGCCACAGAAUUUCACUUUAAAUAAUUCAAACUAUCAGCUUAGCGUUGAAGUUGUUCUGAUCUUUUUCUAACUACUUGUUAGCUGAACUCAAUGAUGAAAGCUAAUCACUGUUUAAUUUAACUCAGGUAGUUCAAUUAACCACUACAGGUAACAUAUUAAACACUCAAAUGCUCUCUACAAAACCUGACUUAAAGUCAGACAUUUUGCUUGACUCGCCAGGGAAAACUAAUCUCUGUUUCUCCAAACUUUGGUUGUUUAGAAAACAGCAGCUAAUCUUCUGACAGCAAAUAAUAUCUAUUCAGAACCCCAUCCAAAUAAUCCAUGGCAGUGCUUUAAAUUAAUCCCUGGAAGAAAAAGUCCGACAUAAUAAGCAGCUUCAGCAGCAAAGCAAGUGGAAAUCAACAGCAAGCAUCCCCUGACAAGCCUUUAUCCAACUUUUAUGGGGUGAACAGAAGUACUAAACACAAAUAUUGUGCCACUUUAAUCACUGAGAGAAAGAAAAUGAAAAACUUUCAGUUUAGCCAUGAAGUCUGCAUACGUUACAGCAAUAUUACUCCUAACGCUUGCCUGGAGUUGGAGUUCAAAACUGUACGCUAAAGAUCACAGAGCUGUUUGAUAAUGAGUCUUAUUGCAGCUUAGUAUCGCUUAGAGUGAGCAGGUUGUUUAAGCAAAGCUCCAUGGUGGAGCAGAACAUCUGUAAAGACAGCAGAGGAACCAAAAUGGUCAAAAACUCAUGUAAGUUACUCACCGAGUGCCAAAAUAAAAGUCAAGAUUAUGACUCAUUAGGAAAUAGCUGAGAAAAAAUAACUGGUUAUAGCUGUGGAAGCUAUGUCACAAAGGUGCUUGAUGUAUAUAACGAAACCUAUUUUUGAGCCUAGAAGCGUUUGCACAUAGAAAGGAAGCAAAACUAUAUGAAUCUUAUGAAGCAAUCAGCGCUACUACUUGUAAAACAGACGACACUGGAAAUAGACUUGUUUCCACUUCCUUUACAUAUUUCAGGUGAACUUAUAACACGUACCUCAUGUUUAAUUAUACAUUUGAACACCAAAUGAUACAGGAAAGCAUCGCUGGCUAUCAUCACUGUCAAGGGGAGUAAACCUCACAUCACUGCUGUACAGUACCAUCAUAAACUCCUUCUAGUUUCUUUCAGUCGCAUUAAACCAGGUGAAAUGUCGUGAUUCUCACUUCGGUACUUUUGUUUCGAUGACGAAAGACGGCAGCUUUCAGCGCCUGCAUGUGAGGCUGCUUGGGUCAGCUGCUUCGAGUGUUUUUUCUGCCAUUUGAAUCCAGAAGAAAGAUGUGAAAUUAUGUGCCGUGUGAGGCCCAGAAAGCCAUUUCCUUUUACUUUCAGACACCGAGUGAGUCUACUGUAUGCAUGUGCCGUGUGUCUGUUCUUGAGUCUUUUCAGUGGGUGUUUUUAAAACGACUUUUACUGGCGCAGAUGCACAGUGUUGUAGAAAAUGAAAUAGAAUUACUAAAGGGUGACAUUUUAGAUUAGACUGUCCUUUGUCUGAGGUCACCCAUGAAAUUCAAAAUCAAAUGAGAGCUAUUUUCCAUUACUAAACUUCCUUUAUGAGUCUAUGUGUUGGCCAAGUAAAGUCAAUUUAAAAACAACUCAAGUUCAGGAAAAUGAGCCAGUGAAAAACCAAUGCUUUUGCAAAAUGACUGUACAAUGGCUUUGAAAUAAUAAUAAUGAAAAAAUAGCUUUGAAUAUAUAGAUGAGCUCGAAGAAGCGCGUCCGCAGUCACACGCCUGAAAUGAAAAUUGACUUGAAAUUUGAAUGAAAAUAUGUUUCAAUUAAAUAUUUGGCAGAUAAAAACAUAAAAGUGUUUUUACAAACAAAAAAAAAACCCCUCAAGAGUUGAAUACCAAUUUGUGUCUCAUAACAUUUGGAAACUAAUCCUGUGGACAUUUUGGGAAAUUGAAGUGUGUGACUUUGCGUCAAAAUGAAAUACUUUUUUGGCUUAGAAGCUUUACUGCAGAGCUAAAGUAUGUAAUGUAUGUAAAGAGAGACUGAAUGAAUAAAAGAUCCAACUGAUGAUCAA